AUAUAUAUAUGGAGAGUAGUGGAUGCAAAGAAAACAGCAGGCAAGAGAAAAUGACCACUGCUCGGUUUAUCAAGUGUGUUACGGUCGGAGAUGGCGCAGUCGGGAAGACUUGCAUGCUCAUUUCUUACACUAGCAAUACUUUUCCAACCGAUUAUGUUCCGACUGUAUUCGACAACUUCAGCGCAAAUGUGGUUGUCGACGGGAGCACAGUGAACAUAGGCCUUUGGGAUACCGCAGGGCAAGAAGAUUACAACAGGCUAAGGCCUCUGAGUUACAGAGGAGCUGAUGUGUUUUUAUUGGCCUUUUCUCUAAUCAGCAAAGCCAGCUAUGAAAACAUAUACAAGAAGUGGAUUACCGAGUUACGGCACUAUUCUCCGUACGUACCAAUUGUACUCGUGGGAACCAAAAUGGACUUGAGAGAAGAUAAGCAAUUUUUAAGCGACCAUCCUGGUGCAGCCCCUAUAACAAAUUUGCAAGGUGAAGAAUUGAAGAAGAUGAUUGGAGCAAUAGCUUAUAUUGAAUGUAGUGCAAAAACUCAGCAGAAUGUGAAAGCCGUAUUCGAUACUGCAAUAAAAAUCGUUCUACAACCACCGAAAAAUGCGAAGAAAAAGCCCCGAAAGUCUCGAAGAUGCACUUACCUUUAAAAUUCAAUAAUAUGUAUAUAUAUUUUUCGCGAAUCACAAUUUUCAUAUAUUUACUAAAAAAUAUUAUAUCCUGUAAUUUUUGAUACACUGCAAUUAAAAAAUCUUGUAAUUUUUUUUUUUUUGAAUUUUAAUAGUUAAUUUGAUGAGGAAUAAUAGUUUCACAGUUUUUAUUUCAACUGGACCACUUCAUCUUGGGG